GGACGGUUGGCCUGGGCCGAGGAGGAUUCUGGGAGGGAGAAAAGUGGGCAGCAGUAGCCGCCAUGUUGUUGGCCUCUGACUCUUAUGUUUUCUCCUCAGCUUUCUUCAUCCGCUGGCCCCGAGCAGGACGGAAAGGACGAGGCGGCGCCCCCCGAGAUGGCCAGGCCGCCGCAGGAGCCCGACGGGGGCCAGGACCAGGCUGUUGUCUUCUUAGCUGAUGAGAAAUUUGAUUUUGAUCUCUCAUUGUCCUUUUCAAGUGCAAAUGAAGAUGAUGAAGUCUUCUUUGGACAACUUAGCCGUAAAGAAAGGUGCCCGGCUACCGACAGAGAAUCUGGACAAGUCCUCCAAGGGGCUAGCCCUCGGCCACCACCAUCUGCCAAGCCGAUAUCCUGGAGCCCCUUGGCAGGGGAGAAUCUGGGGGAAAUUUUUAAAGAAGCUCACUCGUUGGCCCUUCAGAUAGAAAGCCAAGCCGGUGACUCCAAAGCUAACCAAGCCGAGGGACCAAAGAGCCAGGUGGUAGAAAAAUUCAUCCAAGAGCCCAAGUCAAAACUGAACCUCUUUCAGCAGGGCAAGGAAAUGAGGAAAAGCCCUCGCUCGGCUAAGAGGGAAACGUACUGUGUGCUGGAUCGGUGCCUGGGCAGCCAACCGGCGGAGCUCCCGGCGGCGCCCGGCCAGUCUCCCGCUCCGCCGCGGGCUCGGGGCGGGGUGGGUCUGCCCGGUCCUGCUCACCAGGCUCCCCUUUCCUCUUUGCCUUCAUUUUGUGGGGCGGCAGAGCACGUCGCCGCUCAGCCUCUCAGAGCGGGCGGGGAGAAGAAAGCCACCAGCCGACUGCAGCCACCCAAGUCCUCAUCCGCUCAGGGAAAAAGCAAUCCCCCGAUCCUCGAAAAGCCCAAACCGGGGAAAAAGACCAGCCCUUCCAGUAAAAAAAACGGGGACGUCAGGGAUGCUGCCGAAGCUCAACUUCCUGACAGGACUGAGGCGACGCUCGAUGGGAACGUCAGGAGCGUGGCCCAGGUCAAGAGGGCUCUGCCCGUGCCCAGCAAGUUUGGGCUGAGGAAGGCGGAGACCCGGUUUCGAGCGGUCGCCCCCGUCGGAAAAAGCGUCACGGCGUCUGUGUCGUCGGUCUCCGGCCCGAGCUCCGGUUGGAAUUCCAGCGUGGCUGUAGCGGGAAAAGCUAAGUCUGGCAUCCCUCUGAACGUGCACGCGGCGAGCUCCCGGCUCCCGGCCGGUCUGAGCCGUCUGAGCCGGGCCGGCCCCGGGAGCCUGGCUCCGGCGCCGCCGCGGGCCGAGCUGUCGGAGCCCUCGGGCCAGCAGAGCAGACCCGCUGCGGCCGGGCAGAUCCAGGGGCCGGAGGCCCUCCCGCAGACUCCGGACAGGGCGGGCCGGAGCCCGCGGGAUCGAGGUGGGCGUGCGGCCGAGGAGCCCGCCGGGGCCAAGGCGAUGCCCACGCCGACCUCCCAGUUCAAGCUUCCCAGGUGUUGUGGAGGCGUCACGCCAAAAGUACCGCGCCUCAACAGGCCACAGUCCUGCAACUCACUGAGAAGAGUGGCAGCUCUCGGGACCCCCGCGAGGCACUCGUCUGCCGGGGCCCUGCCCGGGCCCGGGCCCCUGACCCCGGUCCACCCGAGGCUCGGGUCGGCCCUGCCUACACCCACCGGGCGGCGGAUGUCCGGGAUCCCCUGCGUCACCCCGAAGACCGUACCACGACCCCUUCCUUCGUCACGGCUCUCGCUCUCCGGCGGUCCUCAGCGGAAGUCUGCCGCGAGGUCUGAACAGGUGAAGGGGACCAAAGUCCAGGGAGCGGCUCGCUUAUCUGGUUCCUCUUCGGAUGAGAGUCUCUCUCCUCCCACCGUAGCUCCUCUAGCACUUGACUUUUCUCCAGAUAAGAAAGACCCUUCUGACGAGGUCCCCACAGAAGUGAGUUCUGGGGGAGCAGAGGAAUCUCCGGCUGAGAAGACAUCCCUGGAGGAGGAGGAGAAGAAGCAAAAAGAGGAAGAGGUCUUGCUGGUCGACAUUGAAGCGGUAAAGCCCACUGUCCUGGAAGAAUCGGAAAGGAGAACUCUCUUCGACUUCCCUCUGAUCGACUUCUUAAGCACGCCAGAGACAAAUAAAGAAGUCCCGGAGCCUGCGCUGGAUGUAGAGGCGGAGAGCCGACCUCUGAUCGACCUCUCGAAUACUCCGGAAGUGAAUCAAAACGGCCCCUUGAAACCCACCGUGCCGGGCCAGCUUAUAGACCUGAGUUCCCCCCUGAUCAGCCUGAGUCCCCUAGCCAACAAGGAAAACGUGGAUUCUCCUCUCCUGAAAUUCUAGGGUUGACCGAACCCGUCCAUUUUAAGAUAAGUGUUUAGAAUCGGCACCCAGGAAGGGGUGGACGGAUACAACUGUUAAUAAUAUUGCGGGGAGGAAAGUGUGUCCCUUACCCCAUCUGUGGAUGGCCACCACCUUGUUGACCAUUUUCAGGGCUGUGGGUACCACUGACCAACCCUCUUUGUGCCAGUUUACAAAAUGUCGGGCAGACUUCUCGACGACGACGACAAAAGGCCGUCGCGCCGCAAAUGAAGAAUGUCGGAUUUUUUUUUUUAAUAUAAAUGGCAAAUUAUUUACAAGGCUCGAAAAAAUUUAAAUAUCGUGCAUUAAGUUAAGUGUUAAAAUAAACUUGAAGUUGGGAUUAGA